AUGGUGGCGCAAAUUCUCUCGCCUGUCGCGCAUCCUCCAGAGCGCAUUGCCGGGCGUGGCUCUGAAAGCGACAGCUCUGUAGACGAGAUCGCAGACCAGAAACAGAAGCUCUUCGCAACAGCAUUGGGCAAGAAUGGAAAGGACUUAAAUAAAUCGGCUUCUCCCAAGCGCUGGAAAACAUUUUGGGCCUCAUGGCGAUAUCUAUUGAACCUAACCCCUAAAGAGGUGGACGAUUUCAUGGCAUCGUACGUCAUUUACAAUCUCGAUUGGUCGGACGAAAAGCAAAUGACCGAGACGCUGGGCCCCAACUAUCAAGAGAAAGUUGGCGACUGUUUGAAGUCGUACUACGGAGUGCUCAACCACCUUUGCGCGCUGGGCGACGUGGAAAAGAUGUAUAUCCCCCCGUGGAUGAGCAAGAAAGCAAACUGCCUGGAGAAUCAAAUCCUGUACGAACGUUCCAUCGCGCAGGACAUCGGCCUUUCCGCCGGCGACAAAGUCCUGGACCUGGGCUGCGGCCGCGGGCGAGUGGCGGCCCAUAUGGCACAAUACACCGGCGCCCACGUCACCGGCCUCAACAUCGACCCGAACCAGAUCGCGCAAGCGAAGCUCUUCAACGAGGAACGCGGCCUGUCCAACUCCUUCGUCACCCAGGACUUCAACUCCCUCCCCCUCCCCUUCGCCGACGAGAGCUUCGACGCCUUCUACCAGAUCCAGGCCCUGAGUCUCUGCAAGGACCUGCCCGCUCUCUUCCGCGAGGUCUUCCGCAUCGUUAAGCCCGGCGCUCGCAUUUCUCUCCUCGACUGGAUCAGUCUUCCCGCUUACAACCCCACGGACCCUGAGCAUGCGGAGCUUAUGCGCCGGGUCAAGCCGUUGAUUGGGGCCGUGGGCACCCCCACCCAGGCAAGUCUGGAAAAGGCGCUAACGGACUCCGGGUUUGAGAUAGUGCGGUCCCAGAACGCCAGCAUUGACGGGCUGCAGGCCCCGCUGAUCGACACCGUUGACUUGUACUUUCGUACCCUGCGGCAGGUUAUUCUCGCGCUGGUCAAGGUCCAUGCGCUGCCGCGCCAUUUCAAGACCCUGAUCAAUCGCCUGUGUCUGGAUGGACAGGCUUUUGUCAAGAUGGAUACGAUGCGCCUGGCCACGACGAGCUAUAGUAUCAUUGCGCGCAAGCCUAAGGCUUAA